CGUGCGGAUGCAGAGAAGAUGGAGGAGGACAUGUAGAUGCGGAUUAUGGAGGUUUGCGCCGUCAGAUUGUCAAACAGCAAACUAAAACGCUGUUCAACGUGGAUUUGUGCUGAUUGUGAAUGCGGAGGAUGGAGAAGACGGAUGAUAAUAAACAUGAGAGUAAAUGUCCUCUAGUGGCUUUCAGGGAUUUGCAAUUUGCGCAUUGUAUAAUCAUCUCGAGGUCUACUAAAGUAAACAAAAGGAUUCUACAUCAUUGAAAGAUGAAAGUUCCCCGUCUUAUUCUGUAUUCUUGGGCAUUUGUGGCCCUCCUGCCUGUCACCUCCUCUGGUGGGAGUCCUGGUUCACUGCUGCUCCGUGUCCCCCUGCGGCAGGGGCCGCCCUCACAGCCCGCGACCCACCGGGGCUCCUCAAGGGCCACCCGUACACGGAGAGGAGCCGGAGGGAUGAAUUUUGUAAACAUGAUUGAUAACCUCCGAGGAAAGUCAGGACAAGGGUAUUACAUCGAAAUGGCCGUGGGCACACCGCCCCAGAAGUUGAAUAUCUUAGUGGAUACGGGUAGCAGUAAUUUCGCAGUGGGUGCUGCCGCUCACCCGUUCCUGCACAGAUAUUACCAUCGCUCACUUUCGUCAUCAUACAGAGAUCUGGGCCGCAGUGUGUAUGUUCCGUACACACAGGGCCGAUGGGAGGGUGAGCUGGGCACUGAUCUGGUGUCAGUUCCUCAUGGACCCAACAUUUCACUGAGGGCCAACAUCGCUGCCAUCACCCAGUCUGACCGCUUCUUCAUCAACGGAUCCAACUGGGAGGGCAUACUUGGGCUUGCCUAUGCUGAAAUCGCAAGGCCGGAUGAGAAUCUAGAACCGUUCUUCGACUCUCUCCUGAGACAGACCACCGUUCCAAACAUCUUCUCUCUGCAGCUCUGUGGAGCAGGAUUCACACAGAACUACAGCACAGGCAGUUCAACUGUAGGGGGCAGUAUGAUUAUUGGGGGAAUAGAUACGUCUUUAUACGUUGGUGAGCUGUGGUAUACACCAAUUCGACGGGAGUGGUAUUAUGAGGUCAUCAUUGUGCGCAUUGAAGUUAAUGGACAGGAUCUCAAUAUGGAUUGCAAAGAAGAACUGUUAUUGAAGGAUGGGCCAGUUAAAAACAAUAUUGGACCCAACUGCAAAACAUAUAACUAUGACAAAAGUAUUGUGGACAGCGGCACAACCAACUUACGUCUCCCUCGUAAAGUGUUCCAGGCUGCGGUGAAGGCCAUUGAAGCUGCCUCAUCUACUGAACAGUUCCCCUCAGGUUUUUGGCUGGGGGAGCAGCUGGUAUGUUGGCAGGCGGGCACCACACCUUGGCACAUCUUCCCUGUCAUCUCAUUGUACCUGAUGAGUGAGAACAGAAACCAGUCCUUCCGGAUCUCCAUCUUACCACAGCAGUACCUGCGGCCUGUAGAAGACGUGGCCUCAGCGCAGGAGGACUGUUAUAAAUUUGCUGUGUCUCAGUCCAGUACUGGUACAGUCAUGGGUGCUGUCAUCAUGGAGGGUUUCUAUGUUGUAUUCGACCGAGAACACAAACGCAUCGGCUUCGCUGUUAGCACAUGCCACGUCCACGAUGAGUUCCGCACUGCUUCAGUGGAGGGUCUGUUUCACGGUGUUGAUCUGGAGGACUGCGGCUACAACAUCCCUCAGACAGAUGAGUCCACCCUCAUGACCAUCGCCUACAUAAUGGCAGGGAUCUGUGCCCUCUUCAUGCUGCCGCUGUGCCUCAUGGUGUGUCAGUGGCGCUUCACACUCUGUCUUCACCCGCUGGGCGCUGGGGACUUCUCUGAUGACAUAUCCCUCCUGAAGUGAGCCAUAUCUAAACACAGCCAUUACACUGCUGCAACAGAUGGCCAAAGAGAACGCCUCAAAGAUUGACAAACAUCAACGAGACCACAACGAUUAUAACUAUAAAGGUUAUAAUUGUGUAUAUGCACACAAGCAUAUUCUAAUGGGCUGUCCCAUCUUGGAGGGCUUUCUUACCCUCUAAACCCGUUUAGACUAAAUGUGAUAUGUGAAUGAUCCCUUGUCUUACAGACUUUAAAGUGUGGAUAACUGUUCUGGGACUGUUCAAGUGAAGUAUUGUAAAGAUAUGUAAACUAUAUGUGAAUGCUUGUUUGAAAGAGCGUUAUGACUGUGCACUAUUAAGAUGUCAUUAUGUCUAUACUAAUAAUUGAGCAUUAAGAUGUUUUGAGGUAUAAUGUUGAGUACUUGUCACAUUUUAUUGACUCUUUUAUGGUUUAUAAAAUACCAGUGCCCUAUAAAGGAACUCAUGGAAAGGUUAACGUAAAUAGACUAAUAUAGAAAAAGAAAAAAAGAUUUGUAAAAAUGACUGCCAAUGCUUGAAUCUCAUGAAACCUGUCAAGAACAUAUUAUUUUUUUACUACAAAUCAAAGAAAAAAACACAGUAUAUAGUAUAUAAUAUAUUUUAAGACUAUUAGGAUUUUUAGCAAUUUGUGACAUUUCCAUGACAAAUAAUUUUGAUUUAUUAUACAAUUUUAUUUUAUAAAUAAAUAUUAUACAAAUAACAAAUACAAAUAAUGAAAAUUAUCUCAUUAAUAAAUAACAUAAUAUAGUAAAAAAGAAAAAAAGAAGGAUAAUUUAAAUUGUAUUUAAUAUUUACACGGUAGUAUUUGUUGCAUUGUUUUCCUUCUCAUUUAGAUAGACAGACAGAUAGAUAGAUAGAUUUAAUUGUCAUGGAAAUAAUGUCACAAUGUGAAAAAUCUUAACGGCACAUCAUUUUCUUUAUGCCAAAUAUAAUUUCUAAUUUUUUUUAUUAAUUUAUUUUGUGACCUGGACAUGUUUUUGUGAGCUUCACACCAAUAGUCAGAUCUAAUUGGUCAUAAAUAUUCAUCAGCUCUGUAUCUUUUCUCUGAACACAUAUGGAAUUGUAAUGCUGACUUCAUAUGUUGAAGAUAUGAUGGCAUACAUACACUCACAUACACCCCAAAAAUAAAUGCACCUAAAACAAUCGCUGCUUAUCAUUACCCACAUAAUAACUCACAUUUAUUAGGAUGAGCACAUACAAACAUAAAUACAUCAUAACCGAACCUUCAGAUUAAGCCAGAGAAAAAUGUGACUAAGCAGGUUACUACUGAAUUCAUGAAUAUAUCCAGAUUGGCAACUCUUACAAUUAAUGAAAGGCAUAAUGAACCAGCGUGUGACCUCAUUUCUUCAGUUCCCUAUCUGUCACUCACUCGACGUUGGUGUCGAUGUAGUGACACUAGGGGUCACUCUUGGGAGCCCGAGACUCCUCUGGUCUUUGAUAAAAGGCCAAU